CCAUAUACGGUAACCGACAUUGAAAUAUGUACACGCAGUACACGUAUUGUAUUUGCCUAUUUGGUUUAGAUUCAACUCAAGCAUUUUGUAUUCCCAUAUGUAUAUUUCAAUCAAUUUUAAUUUUUGUACCCAUCAAAACAAAACAAAAAAACAACUGUAACAAUGAGUUAACUUACAGUAAUUGAUGUAUAAUACGAAAGUGGGAAAAGGAGAUUCCUUGUUCUCCAAGCCUUGUUGCUUUUCAACGUCACAGUCUAUAACUGUAUUCACCUUAAAACCGCCAUUACACUUUCCUCUUUCCCAAGAAAAAAAAACAAACCAUCUCUCUCUCUCUCUCUCUCUCUCUCUCUCUCUCUCUCUGCGAUUGAUGAUGAUGGCGGCGCAAGUGGAGAUCGUGGACAACGGCGAGAUCAUCGAUUCACUCUCCCACCACGCCUCCGGAGACUACUCAUCAACGAUUCUUCUUCGCGAGGAAAACCACGAAUACGACGUCGUCAAGAACUGUUUCCUCUCCGGGAUGGGUCUCCACGCCGCCGAAACCACCGUCGUCUCCGUGCGUAAAACCUCCGCGCAGAGAAUCACAGCCAAGGCGAAGCUCGCCGCGUCCAACGUCUUCGCGGAGGCUAUGAAGAGGAAGAACGGCGGAGACGCUAACGUGAGGUACGGUUGGUACUCCGGCUCCAAGGAAGAGAUCGAACGCAUCGUUUCGUACGGGUUUAGCAGCAGCGAGGUCGAGAAGUUCGAGAAGGACGAUCGCUCUCACGGCGUUGGAGUCCAUUUUCUUCAUCAUACAUGCUCUAAGGCUGCGGCUAUACUCGGUGAAGCUGAUGAGGAAGGGAUUGAACAUCUUCUCUUGUGCCGUUUGAUUCUUGGCAAACCUGAGAGAAUCAUCGUUGGAUCUAAGCAAACGUACCCAAGCUCGAGUGAGUAUGAUUGUGGUGUGGAUAAUCUCGAGAAUCCGAGGAAGUAUGUGAUAUGGAGCUGUAACAUGAACUCUUACAUCCUUCCGAGUCAUGUCGUGAGCUUCAAGUCUCCUACGCUAAGAGGUCUUAUUAGAGGUGGUGGUGGUGGUUUGGGGAGAGCGAGGUCACCAUGUGUUAGCUUCCCAAUACUCAUGUCUAUACUUUCAAAGUCACUGGACCGUCCAAGAAUGAACGUGAUCUUGACAACUUAUGUUGAUUUUCGGAAAGGGAAGGUGAGGAGAGAGCAGCUGAUUAGGAAGAUGAGGGAAGUGGUUGGGGACGAACUUCUUUUGGAUAUAAUCAAGAACCAUAGAAAUUCAGACUAGUAUUUUGAUCAGAGGUACUGACGUCAAAGAUAUGCCAGAUUAGGCCAAAGUUAAAGCAAAGCAGGAGUUGAUGAUGAUGGUGCAUAAUAAUGGAGUAGGUUGAAACAGAAUGCAGGUUUUAGACAAUAGUAUAUAUAUAGAAUAUAUGAUAUGUUAGUUAGUGUGUGUUUAUGGGUUUAACCAAUCGGAUCUUACGUACAAAAACACUUUAAAUAGACUUUUGUUAAAUAGUCCAAUCAGAUUACCUCCUCUUGCUUGUCGAUUUCUGAUUUGAUUAGAGGAAUGAAUAUGGGAUUCACAGCAACUGUGAUUCUACGGAAUUAUGAUAUAUAAUAACAAUUAAAUAAUGAAUACAGACAAAAAUAAUUAUUAUUA